AGGCUGCACAGCUCCAGUCAGCUGAUGAAAGUCGGCAGUUAGUCGACAACAAGUCUCAACUGCUCAGUCAUUGUUGUGAUCUGUCCGACUGUUACAAUGAAGAUUUUACUCCUGUCCGUGUUCGCAGCGUUAGCCCUGACCAACGACGCACUUGUUCGAAUUCCCUUGAAGAAAUUCCGUUCCAUCAGACGUGAGCUGACCGACUCGGGGAAAAGAGCAGAGGAGCUUCUGGCCGACAAACACUCCCUUAAGUACAACCUUGGCUUCCCCACCAGUAAUGAACCCACCCCAGAAACCCUGAAGAACUACCUUGACGCCCAGUAUUACGGUGAGAUCGGACUGGGAACUCCUCCUCAGCCCUUCACUGUGGUGUUUGACACCGGUUCCUCCAACCUGUGGGUGCCCUCCGUUCACUGCUCCCUCUUAGACAUCGCAUGCUUGCUUCACCACAAAUAUAAUUCUGCCAAGUCCAGCUCGUACGUGAAGAACGGCACUGACUUCGCCAUCCAGUAUGGAACUGGCAGUUUGUCAGGCUUCCUCAGUCAGGACACGUGCACUAUUGGAGACUUAUCAAUUGAUGACCAACUUUUCGGUGAAGCCAUCAAGCAGCCCGGCGUUGCCUUCAUCGCGGCCAAGUUCGAUGGGAUCCUCGGCAUGGCCUACCCCCGCAUCUCUGUGGACGGGGUGGUUCCAGUCUUUGACAACAUCAUGAGCCAGAAGAAAGUGGAUCAGAACGUCUUCUCCUUUUACCUGAACAGGAACCCGGACACCGAGCCCGGCGGUGAGCUGCUGCUGGGAGGAACAGACCCCAAAUACUACACCGGGGACUUCAACUACGUCAACAUCUCCCGCCAGGCCUACUGGCAGAUCCACGUGGACGGGGUGGCAGUGGGCAGCCAGCUGAGCCUGUGUAAGAGCGGCUGUGAGGCCAUCGUGGACAGUGGGACGUCUCUGAUCACCGGCCCCUCUGCGGAGGUCAAGGCCCUGCAGAAGGCCAUCGGAGCCAUUCCACUCAUCCAGGGCGAGUACAUGGUGAGCUGUGACAAGGUCCCAUCGCUGCCCAUCAUCACCUUCAUCGUGGGCGGCCAGUCCUACUCUCUGACCGGAGAGCAGUAUAUCCUCAAGGUAUCGCAGGCUGGAAAGACGAUUUGCCUGAGCGGCUUCAUGGGCCUGGACAUCCCCGCCCCCGCUGGGCCCCUGUGGAUUUUGGGAGAUGUAUUCAUCGGUCAGUACUACACCGUCUUUGAUCGUGACAACAACAGGGUGGGCUUCGCCAAGGCGAAGUAAGCCCAUCCUGCGCUAGAGCAACAAGUUCAAGUGCAACGCUUAAAAUCCGAGUUCUGGGAGACACAAAUCUGAGCUGCACAUUCUUUCUGUUACUUUGCAAUCAAACGGUAUUUAGCAAUAAGUUUUGUGUAGAGCCUAAAUGCACUGAACUGAAGAAUUUGUAUAAUUUCCAGCAGAGUGUGAAACAGAUUGAAGAUUUGAUAGGAUGUGUGACGGGUAUACAUGAUCAUGGAUCAGUUGAUGGAAUGGUACUGACCUUUUUAACAUCUAAGUGAUCUAUUUUUUUUUUUUGUUUGUUUUUAAUCAGGGAAUUGUUUUUAAAAAAACACCUUUUUAAUUUGCAUUUUAGGAGGAAGUUGUUCCUCUCCUACUGACUUUGAGAUGUCUCUUUCAUGUGAUUUGGCCUGAAUAAAGUUUUAAAAGAA